GGGACAGUUGCCACCUUCCCCUGCACCAGCUACACCUCCAAACUCAGCCCAGCUCUGGUUCCCCAGCCAUUACACCUCCCCAUGAAGGUUUCCAGACUGGAGAGUCAUGUUGAAUGUCAGGAUGGUUUCCACCAGACAGCAGUAUACCCUUUUCCGAAUCUCUUUGCUGACACCGAGCUCUAAGUUUCCUGGUUAAAACAGUCGCUGGAUUGCUGUUUUGGAAAUACAUUCUGCAUUCAUGAAUUUGUGUCCCAAAUUAUUUAAAACUUUCGCCUCUGCUGGCUGGUUGGCAGGCUUUUGCCACUGAUGAUCAGCUCUAUUGUCUUUUCCACAUUGAUGUGUGGGUCGGUUGACUGGCACCACUGUUGCAUACUUCUAACCUGAGUAAAAUAGUUCCCAUCUGAUGUGGCAUCUCUAAAAAAUACUCCCACCAAGGCCAUUUCAACCGCAUAUUUAAAAAUACUAACGUUAUAUCCUUUAAUCUUUGUUAUAUCCUUGUUUUGAAAGUUGAAGAAAAAUCUAUUAAUACAAUUCGUGCAUAUGAUUUCUUUGUGUUUGAGUUGACCAGCCUGCCAUAUUUCCCAAAGUUAGAGUAGCAUCCUCAGUCCCUCUCUGAGUCUAGUUUAUCUCCUAUGGACAAGGUAAUGUGCUCACUGACAACUCUUUCCAUGCAUUUUGCCAGCAGGGGUAUGAGGGCUAAAGGACAUAAUUUGGUGGUAAUGCCCCUGGCCUCUUUGGCGCUGGUGCAAUAGUUUGGGACUCUUCGGCACUGGUACAACACUUUGCCUUGAAGACAAUCCUGUUCUGGUGCUUUAUUUGGCUUUAAAUGUGACAUUUAUUUUUACUGGAGUGUAUUUGGGAAUGUUGUCAUAUUGGUUUACAUUCGUAUAAAAAUCAACAGUAUCAAAUUUUCCAUAAAACUGAUGACUGAAUUCCUUUUCCUUAUGCUUUACAGCAUCAGUGUUAAUAAUAAUAAUACUUCCUUUCAUUUAGGCACCUUUCCACAUCUUCUGACUGAUGUGGAAAGGAAGUGUUGUUGGGAAGUGCUUAGAUUUUCUUUGAACGACAUUAUUCACAGAACUGGAUGUAUGAUGUAAUGCUAUCCGUCAGUUUGUGAGAUUCCGCACAAGUAAAAACAGCUCCCGGUUUGUGAUGUCAAAGCAGUCCCUAAGCGCUUACCUGUUUGGCUCUGUCCGUAUCUGGAUAAAUGGCUCUGCUGGUUUUUCACAUUUCAACUGCUGCCUCUAUUUCUUUAGAAUAUGGAUGGGUUUAUGAUCUGAUUUCAUCAUUUAUAUUUCCAUAGCAUUGAACUAGGAUGCAAGUUGGACAUGUACCGUGGCAAGGGACAGUUUGGAGCUUCCCAGAUGGCAUGUCCAAAGACCAAGGCCAACAGCUACAGAAGGGCAGCGGGCCAAGGGAACAAGUAUGUCCGUCUGAACGUAGGCGGGACCCUAUUCUACACCACGCUGCAGGUGCUCACCAGACAGGACUCAAUGCUCAAGGCCAUGUUCAGUGGCAGGAAGGAGGUGUUCUCCGAUAGACAGGGCUGGAUCCUGAUCGAUCGCAGUGGGAAGCAUUUUGGCUCCAUACUGACGUACCUGCGGGAAGGAGUGGUCACCUUGCCACCGGGCAGACAGGGGGUGCUGGAGCUGCUGGCCGAGGCCAAGUAUUACCUCAUCCAGGGACUGGUGGAGCUGUGCCAGGGAGGCUUGCAGGAUGGUAAGGAGGAAGCUCUGUGUGUCAUUCCGGUGGUGACCUCCACCAAGGAGGAGGAGAAGCUCAUCCAGGGCUGCACCAAGCCUGUGGUAAAGCUGCUCUACAACCGAAGCAACAACAAGUAUUCUUACACCAGUAAAACACUUACCGUAGCUCCUCAGCCAUGGGUUUACCUCCACAGCAAUUCCGACGACAACCUUCUGAAGAACAUUGAGCUGUUCGACAAGCUGUCCCUGAGCUACAACGGCCGUGUACUCUUCAUCAAGGACGUAAUAGGGGAUGAGAUCUGUUGCUGGUCUUUUUACGGCCAGGGACGCAAGCUGGCAGAGGUCUGCUGUACGUCUAUAGUGUAUGCUACAGAGAAGAAGCAGACAAAGGUAGACUUCCCAGAGGCAAGGAUCUAUGAGGAGACCCUGAACGUCUUGUUGUACGAGACAGCGCUUCCUGUCCCCGACAACACCCUAUUGGAGGCCACACGCCGUCGACAUGCUCCCAGUCACACCCACUGUGGCUCCCACAGCGAGGAGGAGGAAAGCCCCGCCCACGCGGGAGUGGAACUAAGGGAGCGUGUGCGCCGUAUCCACGUCAAGAGGUACAGCACCCAUGACGAUCGGCCGCUGGGACUCUAAGAGCACGUGGCAUGCUGUCAUCUUCUCUAUGCAGUACACACUACAAUUCCCCAUCGUAUUCCCAUCUCCCUGUCAGUCACAUUACAUUGAGUGCCUGGAAGUUAUUGGAGGAAUCCUCCAACAUUGGUUUCCACGGAUAGAACUUCAGCCCUCGGUGAGGCGAAGCGCUGUCUUUCGAAUUGCGCCUUCAUUCUCCAAGGUUUCCAAGCUUUUGCCAAGUUUGCCUAGUCCUGGCUAGAACUGCAUUCCUGUGUUUUGGAUGUUAACCAUUAACAUUUGUCAACCAUUUAUUUUUAUUUUUUUUAAAUUAUUCUAGCUUUUGUCACUGUCUUUCAUACCUGCAAAAAAGAACCAUUGGAGGAAAUAAAUACACUGUAGCAUAUUUGCACAGUUCUAUACACAGUGUAUGCCUCCAGCUGGGGAACUACACUUCCUUUCCAUUGACUUAAGGCACAGGUGUUUGGAUCAUGGCCCUAGGUAGUUUUUAGGAUUUAUUUCACAGGAAAUAAUAGUGGGUCUGGAUUUGAAAACAGUCAUGCAGCAGUACAUAUGUGCUGGAUGCAGCGAAUUGCCAUGCUGGACUCCUGCAGGCUGCAUCUUGUUUUUUUAUAUGACCCAAAACUCUGAUAAAGAGUGCACUAUUGGGAGAAAAUGGUAUAGGAGCCAUCAUCUAUCAUAGGGUUAGCAACACCACAUCCUAUGCCCAAAGGUCUAUGGUCAAAAGUAGGGCACUUUGUAGAGUAGGGGGUUCUUUUUUUGACAAAUAUACAGUACUAGUCAAAAGUUUUAUAGACUUACUCAUUUAAGGGUUUUCCUUUAUUUUUACUAUUUUCCACAUUAUAGAAUAAUAGUGAAUAUCACAAAACUAAUAAAUGGCAUAUAUGGAAUUAUGUAUUAACCAGUCAAGUAUACUAACCCUACCUUGUCAAAACUGAUUGACUCAAACGCAUUAAGGAAAGAAAUUCCUCUAAAUUUUAACUGUAAAUUGAAAUUUCUGGUGAUUACCUCAUGAAGCCUGAUGAGAGAGUACAGAGUUUGCAAUGCUGUCAUCAAGGCAGAGGAUGGCUACUUUGAAGAAUCUGCAAUAUGAGUAUAUUUUGAUCUGUUUAGUUUUUUGGUUACUUGUUGAUCCCAUGUUUUAUUUCUUAGUUUGGAUGUCUUCACCAUUAUUCAACAAUGUGCAAAGUAGUAAAAAUGUUGAAUGAAAAGAGGCGUCCAGACUUGUGACUGGUACUGUAUCUAAACUGUCAUUAUCUACUACUCCCACCGAGACUCUGGUGUUCGUGGCUGAAAAUUGACUUUGGCACAACAUGGCUGCCUUACCCAGUUGCCUCAUGAAAUUUGUUGUUGGAAAAUGUAUGAUUUAAUAUGAAAUGUCUAUGCUGUUUCAUUUUUAACUUGUUAACCUCUUGAUUAUUGCCCAAUUUAAAUGUCUUCAAACAGUAAGAAAAUCAAUUACCUUUUUUAAUGUUAUAACACAAUAGCAGUGGCGCAUAUAUUCCAGUAUGAGCUUUAUUUAACUGAUGCAGACUGUUUUCCACAUUGCACCCUGUUCCCUGUAUAGUGCACGUAGUAAUUACCAGGGCCUUCUAUGUAAGCAAUAGGGGGAGUGCCAUGUGGAUCUCACUCACAUUUGAAUCGCUGGUGAAGCCUGUCUUUGAUGAAAAAUGUCUCAAACCACUAAUAUAGAUGUCACCACUCCCUAUAUAGAGGUAUUUUCCAAAAUAAUAUAUUUAAGGCCAUUUUAUAUUGGAGUUUACUUAAUUUGGGUGAUUUAUUUUAUGCUGUUCUAUACUUUCUGAACUGGUUUUUGUUGAGCUGUGUGUCAAUUUGCAGGACAAGCAAAUAUGACAACAAAUCAAUCAAAAUCUUGGAUUUAUUUCCAUCUGUGAAUAGAUGGGGGUGACUGCGAUUUUUUUAUUUAUAGUUUUUUUUUUUGUAUUACAUUUAAUCAUUAAUCAUUCCAAAGUCUUUAAAUGAGAGGAACUUAAGGGACAUUCAUGCAGCCCUGUCUUAAUGGCCAGUCUUGUUCCCAAUGCUUUGUGCAGUAACAUGGGGAUGAGGUUACUUAGUUAUAUAUUAUGCUUAUUUUCCAGUUUGAUCAGGUAGUUCCUUAAUUCUUCUUAACACAAGUGUGCCUCUCUCAAACAAGUUUUGAUGCAGUUUUAUCUUUAGUCCUUUAUUUUCACUUUUUGGUAAUAAAAUAUAUCCAAAUAAUUAAGCGUUCUUUUGUUCACUGGGCUCCAUAGGUGUUGCUUUCUUCACACAACGUUCUUACCGGUACUGGAUCUUGCACCCUCUUGCCUUUGCAAUGUGACAUUGUACUGACUUUCUACCACAGAAAGCUAAAUGUUUUUGUUUUAUUAGCCUUCAAUUGACCAGGUAUAUCACUUAUUCAUGUUUUACAUUUGUAAAAUUGUACUGAAGUAUUGGAGUAAAGCAACAUUUACUGGC